UUGGGUGCCAAAUAUUCAGUGCUGAUUCAGCGAUCGAACCGAGUGGUCGUGUUUCGCGUUAAUCCGAUACUAUCACAAGCUUCGUUACCGAUGCAGCGGCCAUCGAGAUGAGCGCUCCCCGCGCCCCGCCCCCUCCCCACGCCUCUGUCUGUCUCGCUCGCACACACCUCUCUCUCACACCCUCUUUCCCCCUGUCUCUCCUCCUCGCUCACAAUGCCGCGCGCUGAUUGGCUGAUGGCAUCUCUCCGACUGCGUGUACGCAAUGCGCGCACUAUACUACUCUUCGUAUUUCUUGCUGCCUUACCCCCCCUCAAUGGCACCGAGUGGAGCAGCUCUGAGCGUUCCCCUGCCCCUCCUUCUCAAUUGGUCGACGUGGAACUAGUACGAGACGCCCCCCUCUACCCCCCUCUUCGAGACGACAAGGAUUCUUACAACGAUGUUGAGACCAGCUUAGAGGAAAACAGGAUAUUAGUAACACCAGAUUUGGUAGACAAUGAGACUGAUAACGUAACGAAGGUACAAAGGGAGGUAGAUGAGGGGAGAGUUAAGAGGAGUAGCGAAAAGGAAUGGGGUAGAACGCCCAAGCAAAACAACCGUCGAGUGAAAACCGGAGACACGAUUUUAAAUAUUCGCGGGGCAGUACGCGAUGCUAUAGGCGACGCGGGCGCUGCGCCCGGCCCGCGAGCGUCGUCUAUUGUGGACACGUUCGUGAUCAGACCUGCGCAGGAGCACACUCAUAAGAUGCCCGUACAUGACCAGCCGAGAGUUCAGCCAUCUACUAGCCAGGCACCGAAGUACGACCGCGAGCUGCUGGUCGAAGCGCACUCUAGAGCUCGCAUACCUUGCGAUCUCAUCAACGUCACCAAUCUGCGGUGGUAUAAGGACAAUGAGCAAAUGAACGUGCCCACGUCAUCAGGUAACGGUGGCGGUGAAGCUAUCUGGAAGGAGGGGGACAGUAUAGUGGUGGGGAGGGCGACGCGAGGUGACGCUGGUGCGUGGCGGUGCGCAGGAGUUGACAAAGCCGGCAAGAGUGUCACUGGGAAGCCGAUGAGACUGCUCAUUUAUGAACCAGUGAGAUCAGUCUACUUGGCGGUGGAUGGACGAAGACUCGAUGCUGGCAACACCUGGGUGCCUGUCAGGGAUAAAACUGUACUUGAAGUGCGGUGUGUCGCUGAAGGUGGUGUGCCUCCUCCAGACCUGUCUUGGCGAUUAUUGGCACUAGAACCCUCACUGGAUCACCGGCCUUAUCUUCGAAUAUAUCACACUAAUUAUAGUAUAGAUGGAGUUUCGUCAUCUCACGUGGUGGUGACAGCGGCGAGGGAGCUCCACAAUGCGACGUUACAAUGUGAAGCUCGUCAGCGCAGCCCUAAACCUUCGGCCGUCCCCGCGAGCCCUAUUCCUGCAAUAGAUGCCCUCACUGCCAAACUUGAAAUCCACGUUACUUAUCCCCCGUCCUUUGUAAUAUCACGGUGGCCUGGAUUCGGUGUAUCUCUAUCGGCGGGUGGAGCUGCCGCGUUGAGGUGCGAUGUUGACGCCAACCCGCCUGCUAGGGCCUGGUGGCUGCGGGAUGAUGCUGAUCCUACUAGUUCCCCUCCCCCCUUGGAGGCUGGUGAUGACAGUCCCAAAGGUUCGGCCACUCUCCGCUGGGCGACACUGCGGGCGACGCACUCGGGGUGGUACCGCUGUCGCGCCACCUGGCUCGACGCGGAGUACUCUUCUAUUGGAUACUACCUCAAUGUUCUUGAAUCGGAAGGACACGUAGAGGCUUCUACAGAACCAGAGGAAGAAAUGGAGGAGCCUGAUCAUCAGAAAGUUGAUGUUCCUCUCGGAGGAAACGUACAGCUGCAUUGUCCCAAAGGCAGCGUAGGAUGUUGGUGGAGACGAGUGGUCGGGAACUCAUCUGAGACGUGGGCUCCCGCGGGAUCACACCAUGCUCAUGGUGUUUUAGGUAUAAAGGACGCACUAUAUCAAGAAGGAGGUGAGUACAGGUGCGUCGGAGCUCGGGCGCCCGACCUGAAGCGCUUGAAGGAAUUGAAACGAGUCACUUUAAGGGUUACAGGUGGAGCUACAGCGACAGCCCUAAGUGCCGAACCAGCGGCCAGUGGCUGGAGACUCGAAUGUGGCGCGUGUGGCAGAGGCGUCCGAGUCAUGUGGCUCCGAUCAGGAAUCGCCACUCGAGCUUCUUUAACCCCAGAUCUAGCCCAACACUGCUGGCGAGCAGUCUUACACGUAGUAGAGCCUGAUGAAGUCUGGUGUGUAGCUGCAACUGCUGGUACUGGCGCCGUAGCUGUAUUCCCUCGCCGAGCCCCUCCCCCUUCCCCUGCCCCCGCCAGACACACAGUCAGAGCUUUACAUGACAGUUCUUCAUCUAUACGACCAGCUAUAGCACCGCUGCUACUAAUUCUCCUUGCGCGUUGAGCGAGGAUUGAAACUGUUGAUUUUUGUAUUGAUAGUCGUGAUGAAUCACGUAGCAGCGAUUUGUAUUAUCCUAUUAGUGAACGGUCAUAAAGUAAGUGCAACAUUGCAAUGAAGCGUGAUGUGUUUGAAGAAAACGUCAGUCUAAAUUUGUGGAAAAUGAAUGCAAUGAAAUUUAGCAGUGUUGCAAUUGCAGAUGAUGAGAAGGAGUUAGACGUUCACGAUAUACCUGUAGUGCUGUUAGUUUUAUAAUGUGGUACGUUGUGCCGUCUGUCUAUACCUAUCUUUAGUCUUUGUAGUAUAGAUACCAUUUGUUACUCUCGUGUUAUACCUAUCUCUAUAUUGUAUUCGUUUGCUGCAGUAGCUUUUAAAAUGAAUAACUUUAGACCAUGUUUCACAUUUUUUGUAUAGUACUCUUGUACUCGUAAGGAUCAACUUACUUAUUAGUUCUAUAAUAACUAUGAUUGUAUUCUUUAAAUUCUUGUUCUACGUUCUCCCUAUAUUAUUUUAAUCUCAUAUUCUAUCCAAUUUAAAGUUUUACAUGUUAAACUGUUUCAAUGUAUCCUUCUUAUGAUUACAAAUUCGUGAAUACUGUUUUCAUUCAAAUUCUGCAGCGAACUUUUCCUGUUCAAUAUUUGUUUCCCCUUAAUCCCCAUUUCAUUGUUAACCCUUAUUUUAGCGAGUAUAUAAAACAGGAAGCAAAUGUGCCAAAUCGUUGAUAUUUUAAAAUAAAUUUUACUUAAAUUGGAUUAAAAUUCAAUAUUAAUUUCAUAGUGUAUUCGAAUAUAAGUGAAAAAUUUGUGUAAUGUGAACACCAAUGAAAAUUAGUAUUUAUUUGAUAAAAUUGAGAGUUUGUGGGAUGUCAGGGCUAGUGUUAAAAGCAAUCGUCAAGAGUGUUCAUGUUUGUACAAAUUCACAAGUUUAAAUUGCAAUAAAUGAACCUAAUAAUGAAAUGUUCAGACAUGAACAUUGCGGUGUAAGCUAGCGUAUAUUUUAUAUAGAUGUCAAAUUCUUAAUAAAUAAAGUGUAAUACAUUGUGUAUCAUAGCUUAAACUAAAAUCAUGUAAAUUUCGAUGUCAAUUUUAGACGCUCACGUAGUAGGAGCGACAUUUUGUAUGAACGAUGUUUGCUAUUACAAUUUUUGCAACAGUUUAAGCAGGUAUCUUCCAACGGUCUCAACGGACGGCAAUUUUACUCCACACCAUGCAGUAUCCAGUUUUGCAGUAUUAUAUGCAGCCACAACUUACAUUAUCAAUGCUCAUCCGGUGUUCUGUCCGAACUGCCCCACGUCUUGCACUAAUAUAGAAGACUAGAACGAGGCCAAUGACAGCGCGAUCAGCGUGGUCAGUCACUACAUACUGAUCGAACACUAUUUGGGCUCGACAAGAAAAAUAGUUAUCUUAAGUAUACAGCGUACUGUUGGAAGCUACCUUAUUAUGUAAGCGUAAAUUUUUAUCUAAUGUUUCAUGUUAAUGUUAUCAAUGCCCUGCGUUUCUUUUAGUUUUCGUUCAUAUUUUGUAUCGGUAAUUACUAUUUUGUAUGUAACUAUUAGACGUUGUGCGUUUGCGUUACCCGUUUUUAUGUUUUGUAGGUAAAAUAUUUUAAUAAAAUUUAUUUGAAUUAGGUAGCUCGUUUAUCAAUCGAGACACAAUGCAUAAAAAAAUAUUAUCCGAUAGCCGGAGCCGGUCACUAAUUGGACUUACACAAACGUUAUGAUAUUUUAAAUAGUAUACUGAAUUAUUUUCUAUCGUUAUUGAAUUAAAUUCAAUUAGUUUCUUUCUGUUGGACAUCAUUCAAUUUAUUUUUCAUAUUGUUUUAGACUCCACGGUAUCGCAAGCGCACGAUAUUUGGGUCGUUGUUGUUGUUAAGAAUUGUGAUAUCAUCUGAGGAGGGGACAGUCGCGGGUCGAGGUAUCAUCAUAAUAUGGCCGGGAAUAGAUGGAGCAUGCGAUGUUUUGUAAUCAUUAGCAGUACAGUACUUGGUACAUUUAUAUUCGGCUCACGAGCUUGAAAAAACACAUGGCAAUCGAGUUAAAUUCAAAAGGUGGGUGAAAAUCACAAUAUUACAAGAGAGCUACCUAAGAAAGAAAACUAAAAGACCUUAUUCUUAAAAAAAAAAUCAGUCUAUAUUAUGGUUUCGAUCAAUUUUGCCAUGUAUUCUUGAAAUACUACAUAGAAAGAAUUUAUAAUUGAAGUAAAUGCUAGGAAAUGUAUGCAAGUUCGUUUGAUUUAUCGACAUGAUCGGUACUGCCUGCCUAUUCCCAACCACGAUCAUUAAACAUUAACUUAGAUGUAGUGAGAUGUAUUUUUGUAUCUGUAAAGGUGGUCAAUUGUACGAUGAUUUUUUAGAAAAUUGUAUAUGAAACAAUUUGGUUUAUGUACCUGGCGAAUGGUCCGUCCAUACGGAAAUCUUCGUAGAUAGUUAAGGUAGAACCCUUUCCUUCCUAGCGCUUCACACUGGUAAAGUUACAUUUAUAUUUGAGUAAAUUAUGAUAUUUUUAUAAUGAUUGCUUUUUAAUAUGAUUUUUUCUCUCUCUGUAUAUCUUUCGUAAGUUACCAAGUCUCAAGUACUAGUUGUGAACUCCUCAAGUUCUUUGAAAUACUAUUUUACCUCUAUCAUUUUUAAUUGUUUUAAGUUUAAAUAGUUUUUUGACCUCCAAUGAAUUGAAUGACCUCUGUAUUUUUUUACUUUAUCUUUCUUCUUAUCAAUUGUGAUUGUAUAGCUUUUAUAAUUUAUUAUUUCCUUCUAUUCCUCAUUAGCUGUAAGAUUUAUAUGUUUGCAAGUUUUUGAUUACGUCAGUGUGUAAGCAUCAACCUUCACUCUUUACGUCUGAUGAUAUUAGAUAAAUCAAUCUAUAGAUCUGUUUCUUUCAAACUCUCACAUCUCGAAUGGUUGAAAGUAUUUUAACAUAUUUUUUGCAAGCUAAAACCUCUCAGUUUAGCCAUAAAAAUUUCAUAUUUCAAUAUUUAAACGCUAUUCCUAUUUUAUAUGUUUUUAUUAUUUUUUUAUUUAAAUCUAUUAAUGGAGCGUCUUCCUCUUAUAUUAUUAAUUCUUACUAUUAAUUAGUUUAUAAGUUUUUUCUCAUUCAACAUUCUACUUCAUCUUUAAUGCUGUUAAUUCUUUUUCUCUUCUCAUUUUGUUUAUUCUGAACCACUUAUCACAUGAAUGAAUUAUUGAUGCAUUUUUGUUUCAUGUUGGGAUAUUACACGUACGAGUAUAUGGAUAUUUUUAGAAGGCUCAUGGAAAUUAAAAUUUUCUGUCUGGUAAAAUAUUUUUAACCGUUCGUUUCUUUCCAUCUUUUCUAUUAAAUGUAGAAGUAUUAUCGAAUUUAGUCUCACUUAGACCGCGACCCCCGCCUCUGUUACGUAAAUUUGAUAUUGUAGUUUCAUUGUUACAGUCAGUACUUUGGUGUUCAUGUGUUUGAGAACUAUUUGUUAGUUUUCAAAAAUAACAAAAGCAUACACCUACCUAAUGUCUACAAAAAAAUCUAUUUUAAAAGUUAAUAUCGAUUGAUCCUCACAUUAAUUCGAACAAUUUUAGAAUAGUAGUCGAUUUAUUUUUCACAUCAACUUUAUUGUCUCAUUAGCAUCAACUGAAAGCCUCUCUCUCAAGUUUUUAUUUUAUAUACAGCAAUAGAUCUAAUAAUGCUUUUCAAUAUACAUUUUAGACCUGUUAUCUUUUAUGUGAAUGAAAUGGAAUACCGUUUCUUCACCACUGUAGUGGUGAAGAAACACCACUAGGUCUUUUUAUUAGACACAACUUCAGUCAUCACAGGAAAAAUAUGACGUAUUUAAACAAAUAGUUCGAUAAACGCUGAAAUCAAAGUAUUGUCUUUAAAUCUAGUCAAAAAAUCUUUGAACGAAUCAAUGUAAAAAGAAGUUUUUGUACUUAGCGUCCAUACGACACUAAAAUGUCGUUUCUCGGUGCCAAAUACAUAAAUAGAUCAUAAUAAUAUAUAUUUACAUUUAUUAAUAUACAUUUUAUUGUUUACUUUGAUAUGUACAUGUACAGAAUCCAUAAUAUCCAUUCGCAAUGUGUUUAUGGAAAUCGUAUACUGAAUAAACUACAUAAAAAUA